UCGCGCGGAGCUCAGACCGGAUCACGGGUUGUGGGUUCAGACGGAGCCCUGGCAUAUAGAUAAUUCAUUCUACAACUCCAGUAAUUCCACACUAAUUUAUCUGGAUACUUUAUUAAAAUGAACAGAGUGUCGGGAAAGUCCAGUGAUGAGACGCUUAUAGAAAUGGACCGGACUGCUUGGUCCAACGGCGAGGAAAACAAUGGUUUCCACUCCAGUUCUCUUGCGGAUAAGGAAUCUUUUCAACUUGAAAACGCUGUGGUGGACAAGCAGCUUCAGAGCAAGGACUCUGUGUACUUCAGAGAUGGCGUACGGCGGAUAGAUUUCGUUCUCUCAUUCAUCGACGAUAAGGAUGGAGAGAAGAAACAGGAUCGGAGGAAGGAGUUUGAAGCUAAUUUACAGAAAGCAGGACUUGAGUUGGAGACUGAGGACAAAUCCGAGUCGGAAGAUGGGAGAACAUUCUUCCUGAAGGUCCACCUCCCAUGGGAGGUGUUGGCAACAUAUGCAGACGUUUUGAAAAUCAAAGUUCCUUUUAAAGCCAAUGAUAUACCUGAUAAGAAAGAGGUGCCCUGCAGCUGGCUCUUUACACCCAUCCGACUGCCCGAGCACGUGAUGCACCCUGAGCCAGAUUACUUCACCUCCACAUUUGACAAGAGCAAGAUCGAUUUCUUCCUCAUCGAGGAUAAAGACACCUUUUUCCCUCCAUCCACACGCAAUAGGAUCGUUUAUUACAUUCUUUCCAGAUGUCCAUACAGUAAAGAAGACAAGGACAAGAAGGGCAUUAAGAGACUGCUAAAUAAUGGAACCUACACAGCGGCCUUCCCCCUGCAUGAUUGCAGGUACUGGACCAGAUCUCGUGAUCCGAACUGUGAGAGUGAGCGUUAUUCUCUGUACAAAAACUGGGCUCGCUUCAGUCGCUGCUAUAAAGAACAGCCGCUCAACCUCAUACGGAAAUACUAUGGAGAGAAGAUCAGCAUCUACUUUGCCUGGCUGGGUUAUUACACAGAGAUGCUGUUCUACGCUGCAGUUGUUGGUCUGCUCUGCUUCAUCUAUGGUUUGGCCACCUUUGAUGAAAAUGUCUGGAGUAAAGAGAUCUGUAAUGACUCCAUCGGUGGUCAGAUCAUCAUGUGUCCUCUCUGUGAUAAGAAAUGUGGCUACUGGAAACUCAACUCAACCUGUAGCUCCUCAUGGCAAUCUUAUCUGUUUGACAACACAGCUACAGUAUUCUUUGCGAUAUUCAUGGGAAUAUGGGUGACUCUGUUCCUGGAGUUCUGGAAACGUCGUCAGGCACGGCUGGAGUAUGAGUGGGAUCUGGUGGAUUUUGAGGAAGAACAGCAGCAGCUGCAGCUCAGACCCGAAUAUGAGACCAAGUGCACAAGCCGACGCCUCAACCGCGUCACGCAAGAGAUGGAGCCUUACUUACCCGCAACUAGCAAGUGUGCUCGCUCAUUACUGUCUGGGGCCACAGUACUCUUCUGGAUAUCUCUGAUUAUUGCCAGUAUAAUCGGGGUGAUAGCGUAUCGUCUGGCAGUAUUCGCAGCAUUUGCCAGCAUCAUGAAGGACAGUCCCACCAAUAAACUGGAUGUGGUGGGAUCACUGAUCACUCCUCAGUUUGCCACAUCUGUAACUGCUUCCUGCAUUAACUUUGUCAUAAUAAUGGUUCUGAACUACCUGUAUGAGCGUGUGGCCAUCUGGAUCACUGAUUUGGAGGUUCCCAAAACGCACUUGGAGUAUGAGAACAUGCUCACAGUGAAGAUGUUCCUCUUCCAGUUUGUCAACUACUAUUCCUCCUGCUUCUAUGUCGCCUUCUUCAAGGGAAAAUUUGUGGGUUACCCAGGAAACUAUGGAUACAUGUUUGGCAAAUGGAGUGGACUGAGAAAUGAAGAGUGUGAGCCAGGUGGUUGUCUGAUCGAGUUAACCACUCAGUUAGUGAUCGUUAUGGUCGGUAAACAGGUGUGGGGGAACAUACAGGAAGCUCUUGUACCCUGGUUGUGUAACUGGUGGGUGAGCCGGAAUGCUCGGAAUCAUCCGGAGAGUCUGUACAGCCGCUGGGAGCAGGAUCACGACCUGCAGGAUUUCAGUCAGCUUGGCCUCUUCUACGAGUAUCUGGAGAUGGUGGUUCAGUUUGGUUUCAUCACGCUGUUCGUGGCCUCUUUUCCUCUGGCUCCUCUACUGGCUCUGAUCAAUAACAUUGUUGAAGUUCGAGUGGACGCCUGGAAGUUGACAACUCAGUUCCGCCGGCCAGUGGCAUCUAAAGCUCACAGCAUCGGUGCAUGGGAAGAGAUCCUAAACAUGAUCGCUGUUCUCUCAGUGGUCACCAAUGCUUUCAUAGUGUCAUUUACAUCAGACAUGAUCCCUCGGCUGGUGUAUCUGUACGCGUAUCACCCUGGUACAGAGAUCACUAUGGAAGGAUACAUCAACAACAGCCUGUCUGUCUUCAACAUCUCUGAGAUCCCGCCAGAAAACUGUCCGGAGGAUGACGAGAACCCGGACUGGUUCAACAGCACCACAAUGACCACCUGCAGGUACCGUGAUUACCGCUACCCUUCUGGACAUGAGAAACAGUACAGCCAUACAAUGCAGUUCUGGCAUAUUCUCGCAGCCAAAAUGGCAUUUAUCAUCAUCAUGGAGCAUGUGGUGUUCGUGGUGAAGUUCUUUGUGGCUUGGUUGAUCCCGGACGUGCCGUCAGAUGUGAAAGCACGUAUAAAGCGUGAGCGUUACCUGAUCCAGGAAUACCUGCACGACUAUGAGCUGGAGAAACUCAAGAUCCAGCUGAUCCAGAAAGGCCAGAACAGUGAAGAAAUAAACAACUGCACGUGUCCGACCACAGCCGCCUCACCUAUGAAAAUUGAGGUGUUAUCAGACUGUCUGGCCUAACACAAGCCCAGACAGAUCUCACUGAACCACUACAUCAUCACCUGAAAGCCAAUGAGAAGCUCUCACUCAGUUCAUCUCACAAACCACUCGCAAUUCACCAGUUCUCACUCGUUCAACACAAAAUCAUCUGUCGCACGUGGUCUUCCAUAUAUCAUGAUGAUCUUUUCACGCCACAUCCAUUUUAUGGGCUCAGUGGUUUUUCACAAUGUUGCCCUUUCAGGAUGAGUUUAAUAGUUCAGGAAAAAUCACUCUGUCAUGGUGAAUCUUAUUAAAACAUGUUCUGGUCAUAUUUCACCCAAAUCAAAAGAAAGAAGUUAUAUAAAAAAUAUUUUUUUAAAGACAAUUAAGCCUGUUUUUGAGACCGCUAAGAUGUUUUAUUGCAUUUAUUUUA